AUGUUAGGAUUGUUGUGCCUAAUGCUUAGUGCACUGAGUUAUGCAAAAUAUCCUGUUGUAUAUGAAAUUUCAACAAGACCAUGGUUAUAUGAAUUAACACAAAAAUAUGGAAAGUCUAUAACUAAAUUAAGAGAUAUUCCAUUAGAAGAAUUUGAUAGAUUAAAAAGUAAAGGUAUUGAUUAUGUUUGGAUGAUGGGAGUUUGGCAAUUAGGAGAAUAUGGAUUAAAUCUUGAUAGAUCUAAUGCAGAUAAUUACAAGUCUGUUCUUCCAGAUUUAACAGAAGAUGAUAUUAUUGGAUCACCAUAUGCUAUUACAGAAUAUGUCUGUAAUCCUGAGAUUGGAAGUGAUGAUGAUAUUGCUUGGUUAAAAUCUCAGUUAAAUGCUAAAGGACUUAAAUUAAUGCUUGAUUUCGUUCCAAACCAUUCUGCUUGUGACGCUCCUACUGUUAAUGAACAUUCAGAAUAUUAUGUUAAAGCAGCUCAAGCUUCAAGUUAUGAUCCAAAAUAUUAUCUUCCUAAUGGUGUUGCUCAUGGUAAAGACCCAUAUUUUGAUCCAUGGCCAGAUACAGCACAAUGGAAUUAUUUUGAACCAAAAACUCGUAAGUUUAUGACAGAAAACUUAAAAAAAGUAGUUUCUUUAUCUGAUGGUGUAAGAUGUGAUAUGGCACAUCUUGACCUUAAUGAUGUUUUCUCCAAGGUAUGGGAAAAUGAAUUAACAGCAAAUGGAUAUUCAACUCCAUCUACUGAAUUUUGGACAGAGGCUAUUGCUGAAGCAAAGAAAGUUAAUCCAAAUGUUAUCUUUAUGGCAGAAGUAUAUGAAGAAUGGCAAAUGACUAAAUUACAAGAAUGUGGAUUUGACUAUUAUUAUGAUAAACCAUUUUUAGAUAAAUGUAUGGCUGGAGUAUCAGAAAUUCAAAACUAUGCCCAUUAUAAGACUCUUGAAUUCUUUGACCAUGGCGCUCAUUUUGUUGAAAACCAUGAUGAAAAUAGAGCUGUCCAAAAUAUGGGUUCUGUUCCUCGUGCUAAUGCUGCUGGUGCUCUUGCUGCUACUCUUCCUGGAUUGAUUUUCUUUAAUCAUGGACAAUUUGAUGGAUUAAAAAAUAAACUUGAUGUUCAUUUAAGAAGAAGUGCAAGUGAACCUAAAUCUCCUGUUGCCCAACAAUUUUAUAAUAAAUUAACUUCUAUUCUUAAAGAUGAUGCUUUCAAAACAAAGAAUUUCUAUUAUGUAUACAAUGUAAAUGGUGACAAUGCUUGGAGAUAUGCUGCUUGGAUAAGAAAAGCUACCAAUUCAUAUUUAGUUGUUGUUAAUUAUUCUGAUGCUUAUUCAUGUGCUAAUGUUCCAAUUUAUGAUAUUAAUGGAAGUGGAAAUGUUAAAGUUAAAGAAAUGAUGACUAAUAUUGAGUAUACUAGAGAUGCUGCUACUUUAAAAAGUACUGGACUUACUGUUUGUAUGAAUGGUUAUGAUGUCCAAAUCUUCCAAUACAAUUACUAA